AAAGAUUAAAUGAGGAUUACCCAGAAUCAAUCACCUAAGCAUUCAAUUAAGAAAUUGUAAUUAAUCAAACAGAUGUGGGAUAACCAUUGGUGUUAUAGUUGUUUUCAAGAAAAAACAUCAACCGCCCACUAGGGUUUUUCUUGGCUUAUAUGCAACCUUUUGCUCUUAAUUUCGAAGCUACGAGGCGACGAAGGGUUGCUGGUUUCAUAGUAUCUUCAUGACAUAAGCCCUAAACUAUACCAUAGUCUUGACUUUCUCUUUUCCCUUUUGUCUAUCUUAGAUUCAGUAGAGUCUAUAACGUAAGUGAUUUCAUCUCUUUCAGGAAUGUCACCCAAUGUGUUGGCAUUAUUAAGUAGUCCUAAAGAUCCUCAAAUCUUAAUACAUGUCAUAGUCUUUUAAUAAACUCAUAGGCUCUGUUUUCCCCUGUAUACUAACUUGGGCAGAUGCACACACAAGUUGUAAAACCACAAUUUCAGGGUCUGGACCUUUUUUUUUUUUUUUUUAGGGUUUGGAUCCAUUGAUAGCAUAGGUGAACCAGGGGAACUAGUACUGAACAUUCCCUCUAGUUAUAAAAUAAUCAAAUUUAUAAAAUUUUUUAAGUUUUCCAAUGCGAUUUAACAUUAAUGCAAAGUGGGUCACCAUCAGUGAGUGCUGAUCCAUGCAUCAUAAUAUCAUACGUCAUGGAGUAACACUUGAUAAUUCCUCAGAAGAAAUACGAUUAUAGAGGGGUAUUUUGGUAACUUGAUGAGAUGGAGAGGAGAUCAACUUGGAUUUUGUUUUUAAUUUUUAUUUAUUUAAUUAUGUAAAUUUCUUUGAUAAGAGAUUGCUAGGGAUCAUUUGACAAGGACAGUUAAUUGACUGAUGGGAUGAGGUGGAGAAUAUGGAGAUAUAAAUAUGGAGGAGCAUCACAAAUUAAUGUCAUACAACUAGGAAGCCAAACUUCAAACUCUGAUAAAAGGGUAGGAAGCUUGGUACAUGAUUGUGGAAGUGAUGGCAGGACACUUGGGUUGGGGAAUCAUAGAAGAGGGUUGGAGGAAAGGUCCUUGGACUGCUGAAGAGGAUAAAUUGCUCAUUGAAUAUGUCAGGUUGCAUGGAGAGGGAAGAUGGAACUCUGUGGCAAGAUUUGCAGGGCUGAAAAGGAAUGGCAAGAGUUGUAGGCUGAGAUGGGUGAAUUAUUUGAGGCCAGACCUCAAGAGAGGACAGAUAACUCCACAUGAAGAGAAUAUCAUUCUAGAGCUUCAUGCCCGGUGGGGAAACAGGUGGUCAACAAUUGCACGGAGCUUACCUGGGAGAACAGACAAUGAGAUCAAGAACUACUGGAGGACCCAUUUCAAGAAGAAAGGAAAAUCUGCAUCAGAACACUCUGAGAAGUCAAAAACUCGACUCUUCAGACGACAACAGCUUCAGCUGCAAAAGCAGCAGCUACAACAACACCAGCAGCAACAACAGCAACAAAACCAAUUUGAUAUGAAAAAGAUCAUGUCUCUACUUGAUGAGAGUGAGCAUAGGGACCAAGUGAGGCAGGAGAUGGUUUCCAUGUAUUCCAACCCUUCUGAGGAACAAUGUCUACUCUCUUUCAUGUUCAAUAGUGAUGUCUCUGCCCCAGAGACCUUGAAUGAUGACUUUCAGUGCGGAGGACUGUGGAACUUGGAUGACAACCAUGCCACCAUGGAUGCGGCAUUUGCAACCAGCAAACCAAGCUUCCCAAGUCUUCUGACCUCCUUCUACUGA